AUGGCCGCUAACCAAGGAGAUAUGUACCGCCUAAACGACAUUGCGCAUGUUGCCGGAUUUAUAGAUCAAGAGCUAACCCGAUGCGUUAGGAGCGUGCAUCGGCAACAGAAGAUGAUACUGCAUGAUCUUAUACUCCCGUACUUAGAUCGUGCCAACCUAUUACAUGUUGCUCGGUUGAAUGAUUAUUGGUUCAAGCUUGAUGAGCCGCUGAUCAGUGCUUUUGUGGAGCGAUGGCGUCUCGAGACGCAUACAUUCCACAUGCCAUUUGGGGAGUGUACCAUAACACUGCAAGAUGUGGCAUACCAGUUUGGCCUUCCUAUUGACGGUCAUGCAGUGAGUGGGUGCCUCAGCGACUUCGAGCAGUUGAUGGACGGUGGCAAGCCUGCAUGGGUGUGGUUUGGAGAGUUAUUUGGUGAACUCCCACCGGAUGACUGCAUCGAUGACUUCACAGUUUCUUUUUCUUGGUUCCAGAACAAGUUCAGAGUAUUGACCGCUCAUGCGUCAGAGGAGACGGUACAGAUCUACGCACGGGGUUACAUUAUGAUGUUGUUGUCCACUGCGCUGUUCACGGAUAAGUCUGGUGCCAGGGUACACUUACGGUGGCUCCCGUAUGUUGCAGACCUCGAUGGACUCGGCAAGUAUAGCUGGGCUUCGGCCACUUUGUCUUGGUUGUACAGGUAUCUCUGUAGGGUUGCAAAUCGGAAUGUAAAGAACCUCGCUGGACCGUUGUCACUACUACAGUCUUGGAUUUUCUGGCGUUUCCCGGCAUUCAGGCCUAGAGGGUUUGAUGCUAUUCUCUGGCCGCUUGCUGCGAGGUAUAUCAUUUUGAUGCAUAAUCAUUUUCAUGCACAUGUUUGUAUGAUAUUUUAUAAGCUCACUUCUGUUCACUUUGUAAUGAAGCAGGUGGGGUCGGUUUCUUCCGUCGUCGGAUGA